CUAUAUAUUUUAGGCCCCGGAGCGGCUCUCGCCCGUAACCCUCCGAGCUUCGAGCAUCUUCAGUCUGACAGUCUCGGUACUGUCGACCUCCGAGUGCGUUCUUCCCCACCGGAAGCGCGGCGCUCCCCGGCCGCUUCCUCCACUCGCUCCAGAUCGGCAACCGCCCGGCUGCGUAUCGCCGCGUCUCCUCGAGAUUUGUGCUCAUCACUAGUCAGUAGUCACUACAUCUCCCCGGCGUUAUGGGCUCCGAGCAGAAGCUGUGCAUGGACGAAGCUCUUCUGGAGCAGCCUGUGAAUCAGCAUGCACCGGAGAAUCACGAUAAUCAUCGUUGGCGGCCCUCGGUGCUCACGGCGGCCGGCUUUGUGUUCUUGACCUUCAACUCGGCCAUUGCCGCGCGCAGAUCAAAUGGAGACACGGGGGCCAUCUUCUUCGUGGCCUUCUCCUACCUGGACCUCGUCAUUCUCUUCUACUUGCUGCGCCAGUUCGAGAGGACACCGCCGGCGUCACUGCGCCGUGAGCGCAUCAAGAUGGCGGUGUGGCUGCUGACCACAAUGCUCACCGCCGCCUUCUCGUACAAGGUGGCGGAGAUAAUGCCCUUCCCGGUGCAGGUGCUGGUGUGGGUCAUGGCCGGUCUGACCGUGCUUGGUGGUUUUUACGCCUUGUUCCUGCACCGGGAGGAAACUAAGGCAUAAUGAGGGUGAUGGCAGUGGGAUUCAAAGACUUUCGAUUAUCACGCUUGCGCUUCUCUUUUCGACGGCGUUCCUCUGUUUUGUGAGGUGUUCCUCUGUUCUGUGACUACACCCUAGUGGUUACUAUGGUUACUGUCCACCAAAUAAUCACGAGCCUGCAUCUUGUUUUUUCUUAUUCUUCUUCGCGGGAGCGUGCUCUGUAUGUAAUAUUAUUAGCACCGGUCCACUGCGCCGUUGAGCCUUGAAGGAGAGUUCCACUGCAUCAUUAUGUCAUAGUAUUUUCUUUGCAUGUGUAAGAGCAAAACCCAAGUAUUUCAGCGUCUGCAAUGUAAUAAAUAAUCGUCGAACAAUCUGAGAUCUUUCGAAAUGGAAUUUCCCUUUCAUUU